UCCGGCUUUCCCACCAGCCAAGACCUUACCAACUAUCAUAAGAUCGAAGUGAUUCAUUUCCGAUUUUCCGAAUGCACACAGAAGGAAAUGAGGUAUAAAUCGACGAGGAUUCCUAUCUCAUACUCCAUCUCCAUAUCCCCAAUAUACAUCCUAUGUCUGCUACCACAUCAAUGAAAGCGGUUAUCACGACCGGGGACGGGAAAGUAGUUCUCCAAUCGAUCCCUAAACCUAAACCAGGACCUGGCCAGAUCCUCGUGAAGGUGUUUGCUGCAGCGCAAAAUCCGUCAGAAUGGAUGAAAGUUCAAAACUUUAUUACGAAAGGCGUCGUCACAGGACACGAUUAUGCAGGUGUUGUUGAGGAAAUCGGAGAUGGUGUACCAGAGGGCACCAGACAUAUAGGUGAAAGAGUCGCAGGGUUCGUCAAUGCUUGUAUGUCUAACGACCUCGGAGGAUCUUUCGCCGAAUAUACCGUGGCCGACGCUCAGAUAUUCAUCCCAUUGCCGGAUGAUGUCUCCUUUGAAGAUGCUGCGACAUUGGGCCUUGCUGGAUUCACCGCAUGCCAGACGCUCUGGCAGUACCGAGACCUUCCUACUCCGCUUGAGCCGGUGGAUCAAGAGAACAGUUUUCCUAUUCUGGUAUGGGGAGGCGCAACAGCCGUUGGUCAAUUCACCAUCCAACUGGCCAAGCUGUCUGGAUUACGCGUUAUUACUACCGCUUCUCCCAAGAAUCAUGACCUUAUGAAACAGUUGGGCGUCGAUGGUGUGGUUGAUUAUAAAGGUUCGGAUUCGGAGGUGGUGGGAAAGAUUAAAGCGGCCAUGGGGAGCGAUAACCUCUUCCAAGCCGCCGACUGUGUUGGAAAUGAGGACUCUGCACAGAAGAUUAGUUUGUGUUUUGGGAAGGAAGGCGGACAUGUUGUGUCGGUAUUGCCCACGAGCAGUGAAAGGAGUGAUGUGAAGAGUGAUCUCCCGUUCGUAUAUACUUUGCUUGGAAAGGUGCUCGAACCUCCGUAUCCUCCCAUAUACCAGCGCCCUGCAAUCCCAGAACACUACGAGUUGGGAAUGCGAUUUGGGAAGAUUUUAAGUCGAUUGUUGGAAGAGAAGAAGUUGAAGACGAUACCCGUCAAGUUGGUGCCGAACGGGUUGGCGGAUGUUCAAAGGUGGAUUGAGUAUCAGAAGGAGGGAAAUGUUAGUGCAGAGAAGAUUGUAUAUCGAAUUGCGGAAACUCCUUGAAUCGGAUAGUUGGAAACAUUGGGGAGAUUCCGCAUCUAUAUCUUAUCAUAUAUGUAUUCGUCUGUCGGGAUUCAAUAAUUAUAAUUAGGGUACCG